AUGGCCCGGUGUUACCGGCAGAACCUUUCAGCCAUCCUGGAUUGCCACCACAUGCUGUGGCCAGGUGAGCCUGUGUGUCUACUGAAGCCAAAGCAGGGUGAACAUGGGGAGGAAGCAGACACUCAAACAGGGCAGAAAUUCUGGACUCGCGAGUGCACCAUGCCCACAUCGAUGGUCAUGGCUUAUGUGCUGUUUGCUUUGGGAUCCAAGAACCGCACAAUCGCUAGCAAGGUGCCUACGAGUGAGGCACUGGCAGGUCUUGUGACGCUCUUUGCCUCCACCUUGGGUGGCUUCAAGCUACCCCACAUGCGUUUGGGGGACGGGCAGAGCAUUGUUCUAGAAGUUGACGCUGCUGGCCACAUCGAAGGUUCAGAGUUUUGGACCCCGCAGUUUUACAGAAGGCUCGUGCAAGUGCACUGGCAAAGGGACGUAGCAAAUGAAAAGAAGAAGUGGUUGAAAUCCAGCACAGGUAAUGCCAGUGUGCCGCUAGUUGAGAUUUUGUGUUUCUGCUUGGAUGCGCAACGGACAGCUGCGUUCCAACGAGAAUCCAAACCAGAUGUUCUGAGUUUGAUGACACAUGUCGCGCAUUUGCUUGACCAAGAUAUUGGCAAGAUUCGUGUGGACAUGGAAGAGAUUCCAGCUGGCCACUUCGGCAAGAACAAAAGGAGGCUGCGCAUGCACAGCUCCGUCCUUGUCGAAACCUUGGCCAACAGGAUAUGGUCGGGAGAGGACGGGUGCUUUCUUGCUGUGCGACCAUGUGCAAUCAUGGUAGCGAGUCUUGGCCAGGAGCGCUUCCUGUCCGCUGCAAUUGCCAAACUCCCUGCACCAGAUCGUGGAAUUUCCAAAGUCUACAUGGAUGGCAGCAAUGUGGGCAAGCGACCGCUAGAGCUUCUUUGGUUGUGGAUAUGCAAGGUGAGCAAAGGCUGCAGCAAGCAGCUAGGAACUCUGUCAGGGUAUGAAGACUAUCCUGCGAUGGUCCGCGCGGUGAACAAGUCGGAGCUACGAAUGACGAUGAUCCGGCAGCUCUAUGGUAGGUACUAUGACAUUGCGCAGCUCUUUGUGACUCCAGCUGACCAGGGACAUGCUGGUGUGGCCCGGACCAGGACUUACCUCAUCUUGACUUUGAAGGGGGUUGUUCGGCAGGCGCGAGACGUCAAUGCUGUCUAUCGAGAAGUGUCCAAUUUCAUUGCUGGCUUGGUGCAGACCCAACCUGGUGAUUAUUUGGUUGCCGACAGGGUUGACUUGCUGUUGGAAGCCCAUAGAACCGCCGCAGCGCGCAAAGUGGAACUCCGCGAUGUGACUCGGCCCCACAGCAGUGUUGGCAAUUUGAUGAAUCACCUGCUUGCGCUUCGGCCUAGGCCUGUAAGCCCAAGUAAGUAUGUACUUCACUGGCCCUUUGUCCCCACGCCCCCGCACCUCCCACGCCACUUUCAGGCAAAUGCCGAUGAGGACUACCAACUCGAGUACUUGCUGAAUGAUUCUUUGCGUGACCAGAGAAAGGUUGUUGAGCUUGCCGAACAUGUGAAUUGGCGCUACCUUUUGUUUGCAAUUGAGUUGAGCAAGGUGGCGCGGCUGCUGUAUUUUGCUUGGAGCCUAGCUUUGCUUACUUCCCCCCUGGUGGCCAGAACUGGUCCCUUUGCCUUGCCAGACAUGGGGAGCAAGGACAAGAAGAAGGGCAAGAAGGAUAAACGUGUUGCGAGCACGUCCUCGGCAUCUGGAGACAUCAGCGCGGCCAACCCUAUGCUGAAUGACAGUGAGUCUGGCGAGUCAGACAUGUUCCCCGGCGGCGUCGACCUUGGUCCCGAGAGGCAGGGUAAGCCUCACACCGGCACUGCCAAGAAGGGAGCAGCCGCUAAGAAGACAGAGUCAGCAGGCACCCGCCGAAGCGACAAAGAAACGUACAAGAGCCAGCGGGUGUAUAGGGAUUUCGUCAAUCAUCACGUGUGUGUUUGGUUGGACGAAGUCGAUCCCACAUAUCUCAACAUGGAUGUCUACAAGGACGAGCGCAGAGCCAAGUUGUUCUCCACCCUUGCCUUCUGUUUCGGGUGGCUUCCUGGAGACUCCAAGAUUGCCACUGACAAAGCAGGCAUUGUUCGCGCUGCAAGUGGCCAGUAUGCUCGCAGGAACAAGCCAGCUGAGCGGACUGGGUGGGGUCCCAGUGAGAUCCACUCCUACAUGAAAUGGCAGUUGGAGCAGUUCAGAUUGGGUCGCAUCAAGCGUGAUGCGGUUGGUGGAUUCUCGUGGUCUUUGCCGGAGAGAGAUUCCAAGACAGGGGCGCCAGCACCCUUGCCCGCGGAGGUUGUGGAGUUUGCGGGCAAGGCCUCGACCAAGUCAACAUCAAAGAAGAAAAAAGGCAAGAAGAGAAGCAGGUCUUCUUCUUCGUCCUCGAGUCAGGAAUCCGAGAAGGAGACGGACGCUAACGAGACCGUCGCGCCCACCGACGCCUACACCCUCAAGCUUCGCGACGAUGGGUCGGCCAAGCUCACCCAGCAACUUGGCUACAUCAUACGCAUGGUGCAUUAG